GGGGCACCAGCACACACACACACGCACACACCAACUCUCUGUCUCUCUCUCUCUCUCUCGCUCUCACACACACAUACACACACCCAAAAGGGGUGGGAAACGACCAUGUUGCCAAGGCAGGCGGGCAUCAGACAAUAGCAGCGCAGCCUCAAGGGUGGACGUACGUACGCGCCUGUGGUCAAGACCCAUACGGAUACCCACAAGGAGCCGUCCGGCUAGAGGAUAUAACCGCGACGCGUGCCGGCACGAGACCGGAGGAAUUAGCCAGAGAGGGGGCAAGGAGAAGAAAAAGCAGGAGGACGAGAGAGUCGUGGUCCAGCAGCAGCAGUGGUCAGCAUGGAGGUGUGGAGCUCGUCAUCGUUGGAGGAGGACAGCGAGAAGGAGAGCAGCAGCAGCAGCAGCCAGGACGAGGAAGAGGAGGAGGGGGAAGAGGAAGGGCAGCAGGGGCCGGAGGCUGAGGCUCUGUGCAGGGAGCUGAUGCAAGUGAUCUGCUCAGAGAGAGUGGGUCAAGUCACCAAGACCUACCAUGACAUUGAGGCAGUAACACACUUGCUGGAGGAGAAAGAACGGGAUCUUGAGUUGGCAGCGCGGAUCGGCCAAUCGCUGCUCAAGCAGAACCGGGAGCUUACGGAACGCAACGAGCUAUUGGACGAACAACUGGAGAUUGCCAAAGAAGAGAUCGCCCAGCUGCGCCAUGAGCUGACCAUGAGGGACGACCUGCUGCACUUCUAUGCCAGCACGGAAGAGCUGGAAUCGGCAGCCGAGGCCCGCACACCGUUGAAGAGAAACGAUUCGUCGUCAUCCUCACUCGGUCACCUCAUCCAGUAUGACUUCCUGCAGCAGAAACUCAAGGGCCUGGAGGAAGAGAACCUCAAACUACGCUCGGAGGCUCACGACCUGACCUCCGAGACCACCGACUACGAGGAGAAGGAGCAGCAGCUGAUGAUGGUGUGUGUGGAGGAGCUGUCCUCGGUAAAUAGGCAGGUGGUGGAUCUGUCUGACGAGCUGGCCCGUAAGGUGGAGGACUCGCUCCGACAGCAGGAGGAGAUCAGCUCUCUGCUGGGUCAGAUAGUCGACCUGCAGCAGCGCUGUAAAACACUCACCAAUGAGAAUGAAGAACUCAACCAGCACUUGAGUGCCUCCCGAGAAUGCCAAACCCAGCUCAGUUCUGAGCUUCGGGACAUUCAAGAGAAGUACUCUGAAUGUGGAGACAUGCUACGGGAAGCCAGGGAGGACAUUAAGAACCUGCGUAACAAGACCCUCCCAAACAGCACAGUGCAACGCUACAGUGCCCUGGAGACAGUGAUUCCAAUGGACUCUCUGGCUGCGGAGAUCGAGGGGACCUUCCGGAAAGGCAUAGACAGUCCUGCACCAUCCGAAUACAAGACGCACCCGCUGCGCGUGUUCGAGACGGUGAAGGUGGUGAACCAGGUGGCGCGCCUGCGCUCGCGGUGCCAGUCCCCUCAGGUGCCCGGCUCCAGUCCGGUGUCGGCACGCUCGAGCCACACCAGCACGCCACGCACCAGCUACUAUGGAGGCAGCGACGGAGCCAGCCUGCAGAUGGACGACAAAGCCCCCACCAGUGGACACACCGAAGACCAGAGCUCCACCCCCAGCCAGCGUCUGAUUGGCCAGCCGGGCACACCCGGGGGUCACGACCUGGAGGUGGCCCUGGCAAGCCUGUCGGCGCGGCAGGAGAGCCACUCGUCGGAGCGUCCCUUCUUCGAGGUGGAGCGUGAGCGCAAGCUGCGGGCGCUGGCCUGGCAGGGCGGCGAGGGCGAGGGCGAGACGUCCAGCGGCUUCCUCACGCCCUCGUCCACCUCCACGGGCACCAACUACUCGGGCACCUCGCGCCACUCCUCGGGCCUGUCCUCGUCCACCUCGCGCUCCUGCCUCCCCGACCGCCUGCAGAUCGUCAAGCCACUGGAGGGUUCGGUCACUCUGCACCACUGGCAGCAGCUGGCUAAGCCCAACCUGGGGGGCAUCCUGCACCCCCGGCCGGGCGUCCUCACCAAAGACUUCCGCGAGCUGGAGGUGGACCUGCAGCACGUCUACAGCCUCAACGACCUGGAGGAGGACGAGGACGACGACGCUCCCCUGGCCCGGCUCUCUUCCGGCCAGCACAGCAGUAUGGUCCCACCGUCCGGCCCCAACCUCCCUCAGACCUCCCCCACCUUCACCGUCACCAACUGUCGGAUCCUGCACCACCCCUCCCUGUUCAUCCCUGCCCUCUCCAACAGCCUUUCCGCUCGCGUCGUGUCAACUGGUGGGAGCGGUGAGCAUGUGACUCACGCCGCCGCCGCCUCCAGCCCCUACCUCCGCACCUCCCUCUCCAGCCCCUCCCUCUCCCUCAGUACCAGGACUCCUCCGGCUCCUCUGGGUCUCGUCCACAUCCUCCAGAAAAAAGGGAUCUCGGCCCGGACGUACCGGCCGACCGGCCCCAGCCCGCUGCCGGCCCCGUCCAUCCCCCUCGCUGGCAGAGUGGCGAGGAGCUCGGGGGCCUUCGCCUCCAGCGGCGGGGUGGACACGGGCGCGGCGGACGCUGGGGCGCGGAGUGUUUUCAGCUUCAACCUGGUGGAGAAGCUGCUCAGCCUCGGGCUCCACCGCGUGGCGGCCAGAGGGAUGGCCUCGGCCUCGGGCUCCGCCGAGCAGAGAGGAUGGCCCUGGGUGGCCAGUCUGGGAACUUUCGGCCCCUGAAGAGGACCCCCCCCCCCCCCCCCCCCCACUUUCUUUUUUUAAAGUCCAGCUACAAGGCCCCGGGUCAUCCGGUGAGCCUCUCCGGGGAUAUUCACAGAGCCAUAAAGACUGUUGCUGUAGUGAAUUCUUGGUCUUUGUCUAUAAAACACUGUACAGUAGAUAGCUGAGUGCCAUUGUAUGAUCAAGGCUUUGGCAUCCCGUUGACAUCUGGCUUUUUGGGCCACUUUGUUGUCAGGGUUGUCUUUUGUUUAAUCAAAACCUAUAGAUAAAUAAUGAAUGCUUUUUUACCAUUUUAUUUCCGGUGUCCUCAGGCACUAUGAAAGGGAAUAGCACUUUUUCUGUCUGUUUUUAAAGAACCACCAAGUGUGUUGUAAAUUCAAAUGUAAACAUGGUCUUGUAAACAAUCCGUUUGCUGGAUCCACAUACGUUCACUGUUUCUUAUAUGUGUCAUUAUGGGAAAAACAAAUUGUACUUCACAACAACAAUGUAAACAGGUGCUAUCGAUUUGUUUAGAUAGCGGUGAUUGUUGUCCCAUCCAUGAUGUAAACCAUGCAGUUUAAUCAAAGUACUGUACCAAUUUUCACUGAAACACAAUCUAUUGUCCUUUAGAAAUUAGCAAGGUAGUGGUUUUGAGAAGUCAUUAAAACUCACUAUUUCCUUAGUAGCAAUACAGACAUGAGACACACAAAAUGACUGAAUUGUAUUUGACCUGCUGUACAUAGAACUUGAAAGGCUUGUGAUUUUAGAGCUUGCACAGUAACUGACUGAUUAUGUACUAGCACAUUUCACACACUCUUCUCCCCGUAGUUCAGAUAGCUAAUUAUGGGAUGGACCCUGACUUUGCUGUCUGGAGAUCAGCUGACGUGUCAUGGUCCUAGACACACCUCUGCAUGGCGUCACACUGAACCGUAUGUGCUUACUGAUGCUAGUGCCCACUGGGAUGUACAGAAGCCAUCACGCCAUCUCUUAUUAUGUGUAUGACAUACAAUCACGUCAGCUCUCACCAAAUACACUGAAAUUCAUGUAAUAAUGUGUCUCAUGUGGGUAUCAGCAGUGGAACGGGGACUUCAUGAAGACUUCAUACUGGCGGACUGGGAGCCCAAGGGGCCAGCGUAGACUUUUUGAGAUUUCGACUAUAAGAUUGAUAUCUUUCAGGGGACCCAUUAGUUGUGGCUACAUCCUUAGACUGAUGGUUGGUUCCAACACCGUCCAGUUCAGGCAAAAAGAGAGAAAAAAGAAACCCACGCCUCAGCUAUUGUCAGCUGUUGACUACUGACUUCACCUGCACUUCCAAAGCUUUCUCCUGACUGGCCAAAGUCAAUCUGUGUGGCUCUCAGCGUGAAUGAUCACAGCCAGCCCUCUUGAGUGGCCAGUCCAUGCAUGGUUUCAAACGGAGGACGCAAACGCAAACGCAUGCCAACUAGGAACUUUUAUGUCAUUAGCAGUGCAUGCUUGCUUAAAACUACCCUCAGGCAAGAUCGUCAUUGGGAAACAAUCAGUAGUUUAUAAAGACAUAGGAUUUUGCUGAUCGUUAAAAAAAAAAGGGAAAGCAGUGACCAUAAAUUGCAUCGUUUUCCAUGUGGACAGAAACGAGUCUCCAUGCAGCUGUGUGUUUAUUGUGUAGAAACCUGCUGAAAUGGUCUUGUGCAUUCUGUACUCCGCAUCUCUCCAGUGUAUCUGAGUGUUUAAGGUGUGCACUAUUGUAUAAAUUAUAUUCCAUGUGAAUAAAUGCUCAACCACAGAAUUUCUGCUGAA